AUGAUCGCUUGGCUCACUCAGGGUUUGGAGAAAGUAGUUCCUCAUCCUCAGGCUGAGCUGAAGAGUAAAGAGUCACCACCAGCUGAGCCGCCCGCUGAGGUGCAGCAGCCAGCCGCUCCACCAGCACCAGAGCCUCAGGUGGUCACCGUGGUCCAGGCGGCACCAGAACCAGACCAGGGCCAAGACAAAGACCAAGACCAAAACCAAGAGGACAAAACUGACAACAAGCCUUUCCCACCCAGGAUGAUGGACUGGAUAAAACAGGGAAUAGAGAAGGUGGUUCCUCAGCCAGAGAUCCAGGUCCGCCCAAAGACAGCCGACAACGAGAAGAGUGACACUCCCGCUUCCACUAAAGCUGCAGCUCCACCUGCAGCACCAACAGCUACUAAACCAGCCGCCGACCCUGAGAAGUCUUCUAAAGAAGAAGAGCAGCAGCCCAAUGUUGUGGGCUGGAUCGUCACUGAGUUCAGUCGCAUGUUACCUCAGCCUGUACCGAAGGACGCAGCCAGUGAUGAGUUGCAGAGCAGUAAGUACAACCUCUCCACAGCUUACACUAACACAUGA